GUAGUUUUUUUAUAGGAAUUUUUUCAAAAUUAUUUUAGUCGGAAGAAAUAUAUUACGUCAUUAUUAAAGCAGAGUCGCUGAAGAUGUCAUCCAAAACAUUUGCAAUUAAAGAAAAGUAGUGAAAAAAAGAGCGAGUAUUGAUAUCUUGUUGUGAUAUCAGCAUGUUUAAAAGGCUUCUUCGGGUAUUUAAAAGAAAGUCACCUGAAAAAGAACUAAUUGAUAAAAAAAAGCAAGAAGUAAAAGAGUGGCUGAUAAAUUCUGGCUUUAAAUGGGAUGAAUUUGAAAAUAUUUUGUUUUGGAAAGCACCUACAGUCUCUUUAGCAAUAUAUCUAGUAUUUACAGGGUUGUUUUGGAAAUUUAUCAGCUACAGACUGCAGAAGAUAUCUUUACUUCUAAUUAUUUUAUCAUCUCCUUGUCUUAUUGAUGAUGUGCGAAUUAUUAUUUGGAAUAAUCUAGAGCAAAGAGGAGCAGCAGUCAUCAAAGAACGACGUAGAGUAGGGUUUGAAUUUGAUGAUAUGUGCAAUUCAAUAGCGCAAAUUUGGAUUUCUGCAGAAAAUUCAAUGCUUUAUUUGUUGCAGCUUAAAGAGCAAGAAUUAACAAAGUUUUGCUUGCAUAUUGGGUGCUACAUCUCUGUUUUAGUGAUAUUCUUUGCUUACAUUCCUGUUGCAGAGAUAAUGUUUGGAUUCGGAACCAUUGUAUACUUUUUUCCAAUAAUAAACUAUUUGGGUUUACUUGAUUUCUUACUUAACAAAAUUGCUCGUUUUGUUCAUCCAAUUUAUUUGCAUUUGUCAAACAGUCGAACUAAGCGUCGACGAAAUCAAGCACAACAAACUCAAAAAACUUACAGCUCUUUGAUAAAACAAAGUAAUAAUGAUGAUACUAUUAUACAUGGAAAUCAGUUGUCUGAAGAAGUUGUUGAUAAAGAAAGUGAUCACAGUUUGUCAAGAAACUCAUCUCUAGAUGAAUUUGAUUUACAAAAUCAGUUGCAUCAUCUAGAUGAAGCUGAGCAUUCUUCAGAUUUUGAUGAAAAUGAAUUUCUACCAACAAUACCAAAUAGUUUGCAGCAAGAUUUUCCAUCAAUAUCACAGUAUGAUAGUAUGAUAGAACCUCGUGAUGAUGAGUUUUUACAUGGGCUAAAUUUCUAUAACGCUUCAUUGUCUUCUCACCAAGAUAUGGUAGAUGACUAUUUUAAUUCUACAGAUAACGAGGUUGAUGAUUUGCCCGAUGAAGAUUUUGAAACAACAAAAAAAGACGACGAUUUUGAGUUUUUAGAUCAUGCAGAAUUAAAUCAUAUAACUGAUGAUGAAAUUAGUAAACAGAACAGCAACUUGUCAAAUACAAAAAUAGUACAGGGAAUAUCAAGUAUACUUGGUUACUAAUCUCCAAAAAUAUUAAAGUAUCACUUGGUUGCUAAUCUCCACAAAUAUUAAAGUAUCACUUGGUUGCUAAUCUCCACAAAUAUUAAAGUAUCACUUGGUUGCUAAUCUCCACAAAUAUUAAAGUAUCACUUGGUUGCUAAUCUCCACAAAUAUUAAAGUAUCACUUGGUUGCUAAUCUCCACAAAUAUUAAAGUAUCACUUGGUUACUAAGCUUCUUGAAGAUUUAUCAAGUGAUUAGUAAGCUACAUACAAUGUCAUCAUGCUUAAGUACUAAAUAUUGAACAAAGAAUUUUUUUACUUUUAUUUUAAAAUUAAGUUCAAACCAUUUGAUCGAAAUCACUGCUACAAACUUAAUUUAUUUAUUUUGUUAUUCUUAGUUAUUAGAGCACCAAUAAACUUUAUAUUACAACAUGAUUACAACUUUAUUAUAAUAUAGUUAUUAAAAUGUUUUAUUGGUAACUUAUUUAUUAAAUUUUUAAUUUUUAUCUUGUAAAUGUUAUAUCAUUAUUUAAAAUAAUCAGAUCUAAAAUUUGUGACCAUUAGAGGCGUUGCUGUUUUUUUAACACAUAAAAAAAUGUUUAUAAUUAUCUGAAAAAUCUUAAACUUAUGGUGUAUUAUUGUUGUAUUUUAUAUUAAAUUUGAAGAGCUUGUAAAACACA